CAAUAGACUUAAGAAAUUUAUUUGAUAAACCAAUAUGUUAACACCAUUCCUUCCAUUGUCGAAAUCGCUUGCCAAACUAUGAAUUGUAACAUAAUUCUAAUAGCUUUCGCAAGUCUUUGUUGUGCUGUGACAAAGGCUAAAACGAAUUCUUUGUUCUCCUCCAGCUCAGAUUCGCUGGCAAAUCAUGAAGAAUAUUUAAAGUGUUUCAAUAAUUAUGUUAAAAAUAUUAAUGCCAUUUCGGCGACCUAUAACUCGGACCUAAGCAAAUGCACGGAAACAUCGCAACAAAAUGAAAUUGCAGCCGAAGUAGCCGCCACGGAGCCCAAAGAUGAUUUGACAAAUAAAAUGAAUAUAUUUUGUACGGUUCUCGAGCAGUGCCAACAGCCAUCGCUGACAAUAGAAAAUUCGUUGCAAUGUUACAUUACAGAGGGCUUAAAUGGUGCCAAUGUCUUGCUGGAUAUAUUAACCACUGCCAAUCAACAGCUGAUGGAAUUCGAGGAAAUUUUGAGACAACUCAUUGGCCAAAAGAUCGAUUGCGCGCAACAGGCAAGCGAUAAAUAUAUGCAAAAUGUGGCGAUGGCAUAUCUGGAAUUAAAUAACUGUUUUUUACAAAAGAGUGGUGUUCCGACAAUACCACCUUUUUUAGGCUUUUGAUUUACAACAUGUGCACAAACCUGAUAAAUAAAGAAUAAAUGAGCUUGCUUGUGGUUGCGUAGCUUAAA